ACUUAUUAUAGCAAGUCACAAGUUGUAACAACUGCGCAGUGCUAACCAAUUGGCGAUGAGUAUCGCUGAACCGCAAAUGACACUUAACGAUGUCUUGCACUCGGCUAGUUAACGAACUGAACUCGAGCGCGCAACAUGUUUCCCUUAUUAAUAAUAAUAGUUAUUGUUCUUAUUUACAUCUACAUCACGAGAAACUACGACUAUUGGUCGAAGAGGAACAUAAAACAUGAUCCACCCAUACCUUUGUUCGGAAACCACUUCAGGAAUGUUUUCGGCAUCAAAAGCAUAGCGGAACUUUCCACCGAGUUGUACAGAAAGUAUAAUAACGAAAAAGUCAUCGGAUACUAUUGUGGAUCAACGCCUCUACUGAUCGUGAAAGAUUUGGACAUAAUUAGGAAUAUAAUGACCGUGGACUUCGCUUACUUCUACCCGAGAGGACUCGGCAGGGACCCCAAGCACGAACCAUUGCACAACAAUCUCUUCCACAGCAACGGUGAUACAUGGAAACUCCUGCGACAGAGGUUGACGCCGGCCUUCACCACUGCCAAGUUGAAGAAGAUGUAUCCUCUAGUGGUGAAGUGCGCGGAGAAAUUGCAGGUGGCGGCGGAAGGCAUAGCGGCGCGGGGAGGGGAGUGCGACGUGCGAGAGCUAAUGGCGCGUUUUACCACAGAUUUCAUCGGCGCCUGCGGCUUCGGCAUUGAAAUGGACUCCAUAAACACGGAGCACUCCCUGUUCAGGGAGCUCGGUAAGAAGAUCUUUACACGAUCGUGGAGAAACAUCAUACUAAUCGCUAUGUGGGACCUGCUUCCAGAAAUAAGGAGGUUACUAUUCGUCGACGAUAACACCAUCGAAGACAAAAUAACUGAGAUCGUUCAGAAGAUCCGAGAACACAGGAACUAUAAGCCGUCCGAGAGAAACGAUUUUAUCGAUCUCUUGCUCGAAUUAGAAGCUAAAGGUAAAAUUGUAGGCGAAUCUAUUGAGAAAUCAAAUCCCGAUGGAACUCCCGUACAAGUCGAAAUGGAGCUGGACUUAAAAUGUAUAGUAGCGCAGGUGUUUAUAUUCUUCGCAGCCGGCUUCGAGACUUCCUCAUCUGCGACCAGCUACUGCCUUCACGAACUCGCAUUUUAUCCUGAAAUUCAGGAAAAGAUACAAAUGGAGAUCGAUGAAAAGCUUAAUAAGUACGAUAACAAAUUAUGUUACGACGCUAUCGCUGAAAUGUCCUACCUCCAUAUGGCGUUUAAAGAAUCAUUAAGAAAGUUUCCUUCUCUGGGCGUCUUAAAUAGAACAUGCGCUCGGCGUUACAAAAUACCAGAGUUAGACGUCACAAUAGACCCUGGAGUGAAGAUAGUAAUACCGGUACAGGCGAUACAAAUGGAUGAAAAAUACUUCGAUAAUCCAAAUGAAUUCCGUCCGGAGAGAUUUUCACCGGAUGAGGAGAAGAAACUUAAUCAGUACAUGUAUUUGCCAUUCGGUCGCGGACCCCGGGCUUGUAUCGGAACUCGUCUGGGUGAGAUGCAGUCGCUGGCUGGUCUGGCGGCCGUGUUGCACAAGUUCACCGUAGAACCGUCACAUAAGACGCAACGGGAUCUCAAGGUCAACCAUUGGAUGAACGUCGUGCAGGGAGUAGUCGGCGGUAUACCACUAAAGCUUACACUGAGAAAGAAUUUGAAUAAGAAAGAAUAAAAAUAAUACGAAUAACAUUGAAAAUAAUCGGCAAAUCGUGUACGCCGCUCGUUUGUUUUUUCCUGGCACAUCGUCGUAAAGACUGUGAAUCUGUCGUGUUUUCCGGUUUGC